AUGGCCGAGCCCCACAUUCCAUCCGACCACGCACCACAAAGUUCAUCUUCCUCAGGAACUACUAAUGCAAACGAGGCUGUAGAGUUCGAGUGCAACAUUUGCUUCGAUUUAGCCCAAGACCCAGUUAUCACGCUUUGUGGCCAUCUCUACUGCUGGCCGUGUCUUUAUAAAUGGCUCCGGGCCCAUUCGCGGGCCCAAGAGUGCCCGGUCUGCAAGGCCCUGAUAGAGGAAGAGAAGGUGAUCCCUCUGUACGGCAGGGGCAAGACACCGACCGACCCAAGGUCGAAGCCCGUGCCAGGUGUUGAAAUUCCAGUGCGGCCCGCGGGCCAGAGGCCAGAAACCAUGCCACCUCUUGAGAAUAAUAACUUUGCGAACAUGCUAUUUAGGCUCAUGGGCGGGUUUGCUCCGAUUACAUCUGCAUCUUUCAAUAGUUUCGGGAUGUAUGCAGGUUUUGGGGGCAUGUUUUCUCCUUUCUUCAGUGUUCAGUUUGGCGGGUUUUCGGAUGCGGGCGGGCAUGGAGCCCCAUCUGGGUACCAUCACGGGUUUAGCAAUAACUCGCUUGGUAGGGAGGCCAGUCGGGAUGCUCGUGCAGAUGAUGAGAAUUUGAAAAAGAUUCUUUUUAUGAUCAUAUUUUUCGUAAUUAUAGCUCUUUUGUUGAUAUAG